AACGGGACCAUCCUCCGGGUGAAGCUGACCAACUUCAUGUGCCACCACAACCUCGAGGUUGAGUUCGGGCCCCGCAUCAACUUCCUCGUGGGCGAAAACGGGUCCGGGAAGAGCGCCGUGCUCACCGCGCUCUCGCUUGCGCUCGGCGUCCGUGCCAGGGAUACCCGACGCGCGGAGAAGGGCAUCUCGGGAUUCAUCCGCGAGGGCGCGAACUUCGCCAAGGUCGAGGUCAGCAUCCGCAACGUCGGCGACGACGCGCUGGAUCCCGACGUCUACGGCGACGUAAUCACCGUGGAGCGCCACAUCACCCAGAACUCCUCGUCCUACAAGAUCAAGGGCAAGGACGGCAAGGACGUGGGUUCCUCGCGCGACAAGCUCAUCCGCAUCACCGACCACUUCAACAUCGACGUCAACAAUCCCGUCGUCGUCAUGUCCCAGGACUCAUCGCGAGAGUUCCUUCACAGCGGAAAGGCAAAGGACAAGUACGAUUUCUUCACCAAGGCUACGCUGCUGAAGGAGAUCACCAACAAGCUCGUGUACAUCAAGGAACAGAUCAGUGAGAUGAACAACCUCAUCAAGGAGAAAGAGAAGGAACUCCCGGAUGUCAGGGCGGAGCUCGAUAGGCUCGAGGAGGAGAAGAACUCGUUCACCAAGCUCCAGGAGCUCAAGAACAAGGUGAAAGAGUUACGUGAACGACUCGCGUGGGCGCAGGUGUACCAGCUGGAGACCGAGCAGGCGAACAUCGAGGCGGAGGUGGCGGGGAGGGAGGAUAUCAUGCCGAAGAUCGAGGAGCUCAUCGCCAAGAAUAAACGGCUCGCAGAGGAGGAACGAAGCAAGGCGACUGCGGCAAACGAAGAGUUUCAUCGCGAACUUGAGAAGAACAACUUGGCGAUCGCUGAGAGGGACGCCGCUCGCAACAGGCUCCGGACGCUCAAGCGCGAGACCAAGAGCAAGGAGACGACCAAGAUCUCGAAGACCAACGCAAUCAAGUUGAAGCAGCAGGAUGUGGAGGCUCUUGAGACUCAGAUCCAGGACGCUCAGAUGACCAUCGCGGCGGCCUCGCAGGCGCAGGAUGCGCGGCUGCAACAGGCGGUGGACAAGGCGCAGGACAGGCUCGACCGGGCCCUCCAGGCAAAGACCGACGCCGAAGAAGCGGAGCGGCGUAACGACCGCGCCAAACAGGACGCGAUUGGCAAGGAGCAGCAUGUUGAUUACCGCAUCAGGAACGUUCGGGACGACAUCGGCAGACUGGAGAAUAGGCUGAAAACCGCUCAGCUCAAGGGCGACCAGGUUCUCGCCAAGUUUGGUCCCAAGAUGCCCGAGCUUGCCAAGUACCUCAAGGGGGUCCCCGCGGGCACGUUCAGUGUCCCACCCAUCGGGCCGGUCGGCGCGUUCCUCAAGCUCAAGGAUCAGAAAUGGGCGCGAGCCGUGGAGGAGAAGAUUGGCGGGAACCUCGGCACGUACCUGGUGAGCAACAUGCAGGACCGCGCCAAGCUCGACGAGAUCAUGCGGCACAGGAUCAAGAUGCCCGCGAUGAUCUCCGUCGUGAACCUCUCCGCGCCCGCGUACGCCCCGGGCGAGAACCAGCUCCCGCCUUCCGCGUACCUGAAGAUGACGGACGUUCUCGAGUUUACGCACCCGGCGGUUUACAACUUUCUCGUGGAUUCCACCGGUUUGGAGCGCUCCGUCCUCGUCGCCAACCAAGAGGAGGGAGCCAGAGUCAUGUUCACGGAGCGCGCGCGGAACGUCAACGGGGCGUACACCGAGCAUCGCGUCCUCGAGCGCAGGGGUCAGGCUCAGAUUGACUAUCCCAUGAAGUCGAUGAACAACGCUCGGCUGGUCGCGAACGAGGCGGACCUCGCCAAGUCUAUCAACGUCGAGCUCAGGGAGAAGAACAACGAGCUCAAGCAGCUCAACGCCGAUAGAAAGGCGGCCUCGGAGGCCAAGCACAAGAUCCAAAAGGCGGCGGGCGACCUGACGAACAAGAGGCACGCGGCGGGGGCUGAGGUCAGCCGAGCGAAAGUGGAUCUCUCUGACGCCAGGCAGCAGCAGCAGGAGAGCAUCGGUCCCACGCAGUAUAACGUCGACGAGCUCGAGCGCAUGCUCGCGGACGCGAAGGAUGAUCUCGCGCCGCUCGAGGAGGAAAUGCGCAAGGCUGAGGAGGCGCUUGAGACCGCGCAAGAGGCAGAGAGGCUUGGCGAGGAGGAGGAAAAGAAACUCGACAAAAUGUGCGCCGACGGCAACUUCAUGGCCAGGCAGACAGAGCUCCAGAGGGAAUUCGAGGCGUACACGCAGGGCGCGGCCACCGCCCAGGACUCCGUCAACACGUGCGAGAAGCGGCUCAAUGAAGUGCGCGAUGAAAGCGCGGGGCUCGCGCAGCAACUGGACCAUAAAGCCGUCCAGUUAACGAGGGCCAUCGAGGAUGCUAAGAAAAUCUGCGACAGGGAUACCGCAAUGAGACACCUCGGCGAGGACCACAAGGAGAGGCCCGUGUCGGAGCUCGAGCGCGAGCACGAAAGGGCGAUGAGACGGGUCGAGAAGGAGAAGGCUGCGUACAAGCGCCCGGAGGAGGAGGUGAUUCGGAACUACCAGGACGCCAAGCGAAAAUACGACAGGCUCGAGCAGACAAUCAACACGUCUCGAGGCCCUUGCAACCGCCUCAACGCGGGGCGCAAGAAGCGCGUGCGCAUGCUCAAGGAAACAUCAAGUACCGUGGAGAAGGAGGUGAGCCACCGCUUCAACUAUCACAUGGGCAAGAAGGGACACGCGGGGCAGGUCAAGGUUGACUUCAUCAACGCCGAGCUCCACCUCGACGUGAAAAUGAACGGCGCGGGUCAGACGGUGAAGGAUACCCGGUCCAUGUCCGGCGGCGAGCGCUCCUACGCGACGCUCGCGCUCACGCUGGCGCUCGGCGAGAACGUGGAGAGCCCCUUCAGGGCCAUGGACGAGUUCGACGUCUUCAUGGAUGCGGUCAACCGCAAGAUCUCCAUGGACGCGCUGAUCGAAUUCGCCAGGGAUCCGAACAACUGCGACAAGCAGUACCUGUUCAUCACCCCGCAGGACAUCAGCGCCGUG